AUGUCACCUCACAAGCACUUCAUCAAUUCGCUAAAUCGAUUUGAGCGCUCGCUCUUUGCCUUUGAUAAACUUGCGGUCGAUUCUAACGAAUUGGCACCGCUUCUAGGCUUAGAUGUCCUGAAAGCAUCCAAUGCGGUCACCCUACAUCCAACGGCGACGACUGCAUCAUCAAAGGGGGAGUACAAAACCCUUGCUUCCAUUGUUUCUGCAUAUCGAAUGUUUGAGGUCUUGGCUCUUGACUGCGAAAUUGGUGUUUCACAACCUCCCAUUCGCCUGCUUCCCCCCUUGUCUUUCAACAAGUCUGAGCAGGAUAGUGAAAAGAUUGUUGGUUUUGACAAACUAGAAAAUUGGCCCAAAGUUCUGCUUAACUUCCGGAAACUUAUAGGUCAGUCAGGACUACCUCAAAUUCCUGACGACCUCCAUGCAGGAAGCAAACACCUUGCUCUCCUACGGAUGGCAAGCAAGAACAAAGAGAAAGUAGCAUAUGUGAAUGUGGUCGACAACUUUCUUCAAGCUGCUCUGCAUCUUUACUACCUCAAGAUGACCCAAUUCCGAGAUGGGUCUCUGCCUGACUAUCCUGAUAUUUUAAAUGACCGUCUCCACAUCUUCAAAGAUGAGACCUCUACAGAUGAAUUCAUCAAUGAUCAAGAGGAGGGGACUUACUACUUGCAAGAUUUACGUCCUAUAAUCGUCGACUUUGAGGCUGUUGUUCUUCGGCCUGGUGAUGAACUUCAUAUGCUGCCCAAUUCUGCACAUUGGGUAUAUGGCAUAGAUGAUGUGAUUGCACAGGGCGGCCAUUACUAUUCCUCUUAUCUUAUGCAGGAGACUCUGCAAGGCAUUGUACAUGCCUUUGUUCUCAACAAGUUCUUGACGAACACGGAGCAUAUUCCCUCUCGUCACCUAUUGCGGAGGAUCCUGAUCUUCUACCAAGUUGGCCUCAUUGAGGGUGCCAUCUCUGAAGACGGUGAGAUUCGCCCCUCAUUGUUUAUACCUUUGACUCAUUUCCACUUGCAGAUCCUGCAUUGGUUCAUCUACCUAACGUCGAGACAAUGGAGGGCGUGCUUAACAUCAUCUGUCUUGCAGUCCUGA